UACUCUCUACUGUUGUGGAAAUAUCCCUCUAGUGGACGGAGUGAAAGCUUUUAAUGUGCGGUGGGUUUGGGCUUUUAUCGAUAACAAACAGAGUGAGUUCUCCUUUUAUCUCCUCUGGUGAUCCGGGUAUCAUCUUCAACGUAAGUGACUUCAAAGUCACCACUUCCGGUGUUAGAUGGAGGCCUCAACACAUCAGGAAUCCGAGGUACCUUUAAUGGUGGAAGCUGUGACAAGUUCCCAGUUGCAUUCACAGACAAUAGAUCAAUUAUUCUGUUUUUUUGUAAACAACACGAACCCAUGAUUUCAAACUUGUGAGCCAAUGUAUCCAUCAACAGACGGAGAGGCCGACGGGGGGUCGGAGUAAACAUUGUCUGAAGCAGAUUUCCAAGAGAAAUUUCUUCUGGGUACGCCGUCGCCGGAAAGCAAAGGCUGCCGGCGGGAACACUUGAUCUUGAAACUGGGUUCAAUCCGAUGUAUUCUGGAUGGAGAAAGACACCCAGAAAAGGAAUCGGAGAAGUGGAAACUGAAGAACAGAGCUUGCUAGAGCAGCCAUGGGCAACUAAUUGAAUGGCGAGCGAAACUUAUGAUCCAUCAAUUGAAUGGUUUGCAGUGGAAUGUUCUGGUAAUCGGAGGAGGAGAUGGAGGUGAGAAGUGGAAGGAUGAAAUGGUGGGACAGAUGGGAUUCAAAUGGCCAGGUGGAACUGACUAAUUGAGAUCUCAACGUACAAUAUCUUUUUUCAUAUUGGAUAAUUAUUAACCAUUGAUUUAGGGAAUAAAAAUAUAUUUAUUCAAGAAAAUUAAAUUCGAAAACUGAAAAUUUGAUAUCAAUUUCCCGCUCAAAUGCAUAAUGGAAUCCCUCUUUCAGUUUGGGUUCGCCAUUGUUGCAUUCCCAAAUCCAUAUCCAUAGCCAAACUCCAAUCACUUUCCACUCAAAAUCCACAAUUUUAAUCCAUUUUCUAUUCCCAUCAUCACGGCAAUUCCACGCCACCCAUGUCGGCUCCAUCCGCUCGCCGGCUUCGAGAUCGCAGUGGGGGAUCCGCUACCUUAGACGCCUCCAUCAAGUCCUCCAAACCCCUGACACCGGUUUCUUGUUCCAAUCGAAAGGCUACUUCCGAUUCAUCCUGCAGAUUUUCGUCUGCGGGGAAAGAGAAUCCGAGGUCCACGUUUAAGGUUCCGAUGAUAGCCCAAAAGCCAUCGAUCCGGGCCGUGCCGCAAGUGAACAAGGCUGCGGCGAUUGCUGUUACCGAUGCUGAAAGUCGUACUCGGAGGUCCACGUCUUCGGUUCCGAGAGGUAGGUGCUCUAGUCCUUCUGAGUUUAUUAGGGUUUCCGUUGAUUCUCGUAUGGACCGGAGGGUUUCGGUUGAUCGAGUGAGAGGAUCUGUGGGCGGUGGAAGAGGUUCGCGUGGUAGAGGUUCUGAGAGUAAUAAACAGACAGUAGGAGUUAAGGAUCUGAAUGUGAUGGUGGCUGGAGGAGGGCCGACUGAAUUAAGGGUUUAUAGGGAGUUGAAGGGAAAUGUAAAGCUUCGAGCGAGCAUGGAUAGUAAGCUUCGGAUUUCUGAGGCUAAGCAACAUGCUGAUGAUGAGAAAAUUGGGGAUAAACCACUGGAGAUUAAGGUUUUAGGAAGCCAUAGUGGGGAAGGUAUUGACGAAACAAUACGAAGCGACGAAAAUGGUAGAAGUUCGAUUAUUUUCGAGAGCGGUUUCGCAGUUAAUGAAGCACGAAAAGAAAAAUUCUGUAUCGUUGCCGAGUCGAGAAUUGUAGAUCGUCGAGGUGUUAACUCUAGUUUGGAGUCUGAGCAGAAAGAUUUGGAGAUUGUCAAAGAGUGUACGGGUAACAAGUAUCCAAGCAAGCUCCAUGAAAAACUUGCUUUCUUGGAAGGUAAGGUAAAGAGGAUAGCAUCGGAUAUUAAGAAGACAAAGGAAAUGUUGGAUUUGAAUGGUACUUGUUCAUCUAAGCUGAUACUUUCAGAUAUUCAGAAGAAGAUUUCUGGGAUUGAGAAAGCGAUCGGGCAUGGGGCAGUCAGUUCUGGUACAAACGAGAAAGAUAUCAAAAUGGGUCUGAAGGAUGAGGCCAAUGAGGCAGAUAUUAACACCAAGGAAUUGGAGGAGAGACUAUUUCCUCAUCGUAAAUUGCUCAGGAAUGGGAUGUCAAUGAAAUCAACAUCAGAUAGCUCUCAGAGCAAUGAAAUCCAUACAAUUGAUGAUAACCCAGUUGCUCUGGAGUUUUUGGAGCAAACAAAAGUCACCAUGAGGAGCGAACAAGUUCAAGAAAUGGAAGGAAAUCCUUCUGCAGGAUUGCAAGAAUCAUCAACCCAAUUCAAGGGUAAGCAAGAGGCUGAGUUCGUUCUCACAUGCGAUGAGAUUCUUGAUAAUUUUGAUGAUCAAGAGAAUAAACAGGGAGGUCUGAUUGACGAGGAGACAGAUGAUACUAGCAUCUACCAGAUGAAUGAAAUAGGAACUAGAACCUCAAUAGGUGGAUGGUUUGUGUCGGAGGGAGAGGCUGUCCUUCUUGCUCAUAACGAUGGUUCAUGCUCGUUUUACGAUAUUACUAAUACAGAGGAGAAAUGUGUAUACAAGCCACCAGAAGGAAUCUCACCUAAGAUAUGGAGAGACUGUUGGAUAAUACGUGCCCCUGGAGCAGAUGGUUGCGCUGGAAGAUAUGUGGUGGCAGCAUCAGCUGGGAAUACGAUGGAUGCAGGUUUUUGCUCAUGGGAUUUUUACAGCAAGAACGUACGAGCUUUCCAGAUUGAGGGUGCAAUGACCUCUUCAAGGACGGCACUUGCUCCCUUACCCCAUAACAUUGUGCAAAAGCGUUAUGCUCCAAGUUAUAUGCUGGUGCCUGAAACGGAACAGUGGUGGUACAAGCCGUGCGGACCUCUGAUUGUUUCAACUGCUACCUGUCAAAAGAUUGUAAAGGUUUUUGAUGUCCGUGACAGUGACGAAAUUAUGAACUGGGAAGUGCAGAAGCCUGUGGCAGCAAUGGAUUAUUCUAGUCCCUUGCAGUGGAGAAACAGAGGAAAAGUGGUUGUAGCAGAAACAGAAGCAUUAUCUCUAUGGGAUGUUGAUUCUACAAGUGCUCAUGCAUUGCUCUCUGUUUAUUCAUCUGGCCGCAAAAUCUCUGCUCUUCACGUCAACAACAUGGAUGCUGAAUUAGGGGGAGGAGUUCGACAAAGAAUAAGUUCAGCAGAAGCAGAAGGAAACGAUGGUGUAUUCUGCACAACAGAUUCUGUAAAUAUUCUGGACUUCCGCAGCCCAUCAGGAAUAGGCCUAAAAUUGCCUAAAGCCAGCCUUGGCGCACAGUCUGUUUUCUCUCGAGGAGAUUCUGUGUAUGUUGGUUGCUCCAGUGGUGGCAGGUCAGGAGGGAGGAAGCCGCAAGCCUCUUCAGUGGUACAUCAAUUUUCCAUUAGAAAACAGGGCCUCUUCUGCACUUAUGCAUUACCAGAAAGCAAUGCACACGCGCAUCAUACACCAGUGACUCAAGUUUGGGGGAAUUCAAAUCUUGUCAUGGCUGUCUCUGGAUUGGGGCUGUUUGUAUUUGAUGCCUUAAACGAUGAAGCCUCACAACCCUCCUCAGUUCAUACUGAAAGCACCCAAGUGUUCAGGGAAGUUGUUGGCUCAGAUGAUUUGUAUUCACCUUCGUUCGAUUAUUCGACAUCGACAUCUCGUACGCUUCUCAUAUCAAGGGAUCGCCCUGCAGCAUGGAAACAAUUGUCAUAGGUAAUUAUUUUUUAAGCUGCUGGCUAAAUGCUGUUUGGUUUGAUCUGUCUUGAAAAGCUGUAUAAGAUGUUUGUGUCUUAUUUUUAGAGUUCUAUGUAAGAUGGUAGAGCAACGCAUUUAUGAUUAAUGAGAUCAUGUUUUCCGGUUUGCUUA